AUGGACAAAUUGCAUGCUACUUUCAAUGAAGAACGUGCCCGAGCGGAAAGUGAGCUAACAGAGUUGCAAGAACUUCAACAUCGAACUGAGUCUCAGGUAGUUGACCUUUCGGAAAAACUCAGAAUUUCUGAAGAAACAUUGCUUUCGAAGGAACGAGAUCUUGAAUCAGCCAGAAACAAUCUGAAUACGCAGACACUGGCAUUCGAAAAUGAAAUAUCCGAGCUGAAAGAAAAAUUAAAAGAAAGCACCGAAUCUGCGGCUGUAGCGUCGGAGCGUUCAACAGCCUCCCUUCGUGAAGUUCAGAAUAGCUUGAUUGAGGAAGAAAAGCGUGUUCUGGAGCUACGCCAUAAACUUAAAGAGGAACAAGCUCAGUUAGCAACUCUCCAGUCGGAAGCAAAACAUCGAGAAGAACAACUCAAAAGCGAGAUUAAAUUACGACAAGAUCAGGUAGAUAUAUUCCAG